AAAGCCCUUUAAAUACCAACGAGAUUUAUUAUGGCCCUGUUUGGUAAAUGGCAUUUUGCUCAGCAUUUGGCUUUUUUGACCACAAAUGGCGGAUUGAAAUGGUCAAACCGCCAAAUUAAUUGUUUGGAUGAUAGCAUUUGGAAUUGGCAUUUGGAACCCAACUGCCAAAAAUUGAAACGCCAUCCCUAGGAGCGUUUCAUUCGGCAGAUCAGCAAUUUUCCGUCUCUUACCCUUCUUUUUUUUCGGUUUUCAAGCCAUCUGCGAUAGAAACGAUAGAAGUUCUCUGCAAUUUUCUUCACGGCUCUCUGCGAUUUUCUUCACGGUACAGAACCGGAAGUUUGCCUCUCUUUCUCUCUACGAUUUCCCUCAAGGCACCAGAUUAUGGCUCCUUGUCAUAACAAAAACAUCCAAGGAUCUCAAAGUGAGAAUGAAAACACCAAUGACAACAAAGGUGGAAGGAUUAUUUGGUCAAAAGAAUCGGUUUACAUCCUUUGUGAUCUUUGUAUUAAACACGUUGAAAAGAGUAAGGGGAAAAAUGGUGGUGUUACUUCUCAAAGGUUAAAUUGGAAGAAGAUUGAAUGUGAUUUCCAAAAAGAAGCUAAGCUAUCUUGGGAUAAACCGAAGUUGAAAUCUAAGAUUGAUUGAUUGAGAGCAAGGUGGGUUGUUUGGAAAGAACUUAAGAGAAGAGCUACAGGAUUGGGAUGGGAUCAUAUAAAAGGGACUAUUGAUGCUUCUGCUGAAUGGUGGGCUCUAAAAAUCCAGGAAAACCCUAAGUUUGAACAAUUUCAAGAUGAAGGGAUUGAACCUGACCUUGAAGUGAAAUUGGAGCAGAUUUUUUCAUGUUCGGCACAAGGAAAUAAUAAGUUCACUCCAGGAAGUCACAUUCAAGAGGAUGAAAAUGCCGAAAGUAGAGUUGGUGCAGGUGUUCAUAAUAAUCUUGGUAGUGAGGGUGAUGAUAUUUAUAUGCCUAUGCCACCUCGUGGGAUUUAUGAUGGUGACACUUUUUAUGAGAAUGAGACUAAUGAUGGUAGAGUGAAUGCUACAAGUGAUUCAUGGGAAGAGUUAUGGAGUGAGUCUCUACCUCAUAAUCCACCCGUUGGGCAAGAUGAGCGAAGAAAAAGGACUUUUGAGGGUGAAUCUUCACAGCCUAAUAAAAAUGCCCGAACAAGCAAUGUGAAAAAGGGAAAGAAUGAAAACAUUCAAGAAAUGUUAGGUGGGAUAAUGGAUGCAAUUUCAAAGCGAAAUGAAUCACUCAAUGAAGUCACUACUUUGAUGAAGGAUAUGAUAAAAACAACUUCAAAUGCUCACAUUUCAAAGUUUGAUAUCGGAGAAACAAUGGCAAAGUUAUGUUGUUUGCCCAAUUUGUCACACACAUCUCCUGAGUUCUUAUUUGCUUGCUCCAUGAUUGAAGAUCCACAACGAAGAACAAUUUUCUUUUCGUUACCCGAUGACACUAGCCGGGUUGAGUACAUUAAGUUUAUGUACAAGAACUCGGGAAUGAGUCUAAAUUGAAGUUAUGUUAUGUUUUGUAUUGCAUUACAUUUAUUUGAAAUUCUGUUAUGAGUCGUAUGGACACUACAAAAAUGAAAACCACACUUCUCUUAUUGUUAGCAUAUUUAAAAGAGGAGGAUGAAUUCAGUGAUAUGAUCUCUUGUGUAGCGGGUUACAUGACUUGGGUUUGUGCGGAUCAUAUACCUAGAGAGCGAUGUAUGACUUCAUAUUUAACAGUUAGAGGUGAAAUAUGGCUUAAAAUCAUCAAAUAGGAUAUCCGUUUUAGAGAAAGUUGCUUUGUUUGUAUUUGUAUUGAGUAUGGGUGCGUCUAAUAGAGAUACACAAGAGCGUUUUCAACAUUCUGGAGAAACCGUGAGCAGAAUUUUCAAAGAAGUUUUGAAAGCAAUGGACGGAUUUUCAAGAGAUAUAAUUCAACCUAAAGACCCUGAGUUCAAGAGCAUUCCACCACAAAUUGCCAAUGAUGAUAGAUAUAUGCCACAUUUCAAGGAUUGUAUAGGAGCUAUUGAUGGUACUCACAUCGCAAUAACUAUUCCUGAAGACGAGCAAUUACGUUAUAGAGGAAGGAAGGGAAUACCAACUACGAAUGUAUUAGCAGUGUGUGACUUUGAUAUGUUAUUCACAUACGUUUUAAGCGGUUGGGAGGGAUUGGCACACGACUCCCGAAUUUUCCUUGACACUAUCAACAAUGCAAGUCUCAAUUUUCCACAUCCACCUCAAGGUAAGUAUUAUUUGGUGGAUAAAGGAUUCCCAGAAAGAGUUGGAUAUUUAACUCCAUACCCAAAAGUAAGGUACCAUCAAUCUGAGUUUCGUGGUGCAAAUCCAAGAGGUAGUCAAGAAGUUUUUAAUAAAGCGCAUUCAUCACUAAGAAGUUGCAUUGAGAGAGCUUUUGGUGUUCUUAAAGCUCGGUGGAAGAUAUUGCAAAUAAUGCCAAGAUAUUCAUUAAUGGAUCAAAACAAGAUUAUUUGUUCGUGUUUUGCUUUGCACAACUAUAUUCGAAAGAGCACAAUUGGUGACCCGGCUUUUCAAUUGGU